ACAGCCGACGUAAAAAUGCAAGAGAAAUUCGAAGAGAGGAAGGAAAGUGAUGUCGAAGCGAUACAAGUGAAAAUUUUCGUGGCGACAGUGAAAUCUGGAAGUAAUUUGAAUGCAUUCAACAAUUUUUGAAAUUUCUGUAAACAUUUUGUGUGCAUGCUGAACGUGAAAAACUGAACGUUGUGGUGGGAAGAAGAGAAACUGGACACCAAUCGUGCCCGAUUACUGUCGAGGGAGGUGAACCAGCAAAAAAUUGCACUAAAUUCAGUUGACUGGGUGACAGUCUCGUAGUCAUCUCUUUGAUUUUUUACGGUGCCGAACUGAUAACGUUACGAGUGCUCCAGAAAAGUUUCUAGAAGCCGAGCCGAGUUUUUGACAAUGUCUGGAUUUGAUGAUAAUCCGUUCGGCGAACCGAUCGUCGAUAAUCCGUUUGCGGACGCUUCUAUUCAGGCUGCCACUAGAAGCACGACGAGUCCACAACAGACGCUGGAUGAUUAUGAUCCUUUUUCGAACGAUCCCGUUAGCCAGCAGCGAACGCAGAACAACUUUGGUCAACCGGCGACCUUGCAGCCCUCGUCACAAACUAUUCCGGCCUAUAGUCAGAGUGGAGCACAGUACAACAAUAAUGCGGCAGGAAGUGCCAGCAGUCCCGCGGCGAUGACACAAAUAUCCACAGCCGAGCUGCAAAGACGCCAGGAUGAGCUGGAAAAGAAGGCGCAAGAGUUGGAGCGUCGCGAGGCGGAACUAAUUAACAGUGCCAAUGCGAGUCGGCCGAACAAUUGGCCUCCUUUGCCAUCAUUCUGUCCGAUGCAACCCUGCUUCUAUCACGACAUCAAUAUUGACAUCCCGACCGAGUUCCAGAAAAUUGUACAAAAUCUGUACUAUUUGUGGAUGUUCUACACGUUGGUUAUGGCUGUGAAUAUCAUCGGCGGUUUGGUGAUACUGAUUCAUUCCAGCGAUUUUCGCACAUUCGGGCUGGGCAUCUUCUAUGCCGUGCUGUUCGCACCUGCUUCUUUCCUGUGCUGGUAUCGUCCAGCCUACAAAGCCUUCAAGAAUGAUUCCAGCUUCAAUUUUAUGAUGUUCUUCUUUAUUUUCUUCUUCCAAACUCUGGUUACGAUAAUUCAAACGAUUGGCUUUCCCGGUUCGGGUACUUGCGGUGUCAUUAUGGCAAUCGCGCAGUUCAGCGGUGGCGGUCUCGGUAUUCUUGUUGGUAUUUUUGUAUUGGCUAUCGCAGUUGGAUACGGUGCAUGUGCGGCAGGAAACAUAUUGAUGCUGAGUAAAAUCCACGCAAUUUACCGCAGCGGUACCGAGAAUAACCGCAUUACGAUGGACAAGGCCCGGCAGGAAUUCCAAUCGGGCUUUUUCGGCAAUCAGAUAGUGCGCGAUGCUGCGGCCGGAGCUGCUCGGGCCACUGUGCAGUCGCAGUUCAACCAGAACAGCGCAUAUUGAUAAGAACAGAACAAACACUAUUUCGUCCGAAUCACGCGAUGAGUCCAGGUAAUGUGCUACGAUGUUCACUAUACAGUAAUUAUAAGAUGUUAAUUAAAACCUGAAAACCAGGAUAAUCUGUAUGAAUGUUUUGCAUUUGGUGCAAGGAUACGAUUCAACACAAUAUUCAUUGAAAUAAAUGUAAUGUAUUUACAGCAGCAAAUUGUAUCGAAAAAAGAUUGGUCAAAAAAUUAAUUUCGAUGUUUUCUUGUCAUGAGAACGUGACAAAAAAUACUUCUGGCUGGCUGUGAACAAGAAGUUAGCUAAAUUUGAUGAAAUCACAACCUUGCAAUAUUACGGAGAUUCUUUCUUCUUCAGUUCCAUGUUAAUAUGCCGUACAUAAACGGUAAUUGAGUUGAUGCACUGUUGACGCAACUGAUUCAUUAAUUGAAAACAAAGAAUUAAUAUUUCUAUUUGGCUAGCAAAUAACACAAACAGCUUCGAGCGUAGAUUUUGUAUCAAUAAAUCUGAUGUAUUUGCAUAAAUACGAUUUGUAGCAAUAA